UGCUUAAUAAGAUUAGAGAUAUUUUAAAUAAUGUUUGUACCAAGGGGCACCAUUGACUGUCAUAGUAUGAAAAAAAUAAUACUAUGAGAGUGAAUGGAGCCCCAGAUCUGUUUGGUUAUUAACAUUUUUUUAAAAGAAGUUUGGAACAACUUGAGGAUGAGUAAAUGAUGACAGAAUUUCAUGGCCCAACUCAUACAAAUUGCUUUCCUACUUGAAAUAUCAAAUGGGGUGAACUGAAUGCGUGUCUCUGUAGGAAGUUAAAAUCGUAAAGGUUAUCAUAUUGUAGUAAUUGGCACAAACUCGCUCACAUACACGCACAAGAAAAGACAAGGGAAUACAUGGUGUGACAAGGAGUACUUUGGCCUUGGUGUGACCCUGCUGGGAGAGUCUAGUGCUGGCAGUGCUGAAGUGCAGUUACUGUGUGUGCUGGCCUGUCUCUUUCUGGCUCCACAUGAUGACAAACAGCUAUUGUCACGCCAUACCACAAGAACAAUUGACUUGUUAUGCCUCUCGGAAAGAGGCAGAAGACAGAGGCAAAAGUUUAACAUUACAACCACAAUUAAAUCAGAAACCUCCAGUGGUCUGUUAUUGAGAGAUAGCUGUGUGCAACGUGGCUGGUUGGUGACAACAGGGUAUGGAAAGGUAACGGGAUGUAGAGAUGCCCUCUUUGAACAGACAAACCCAUUUAGUGCUUGGCUGAGAGGAGAAUUUGGCCAGUAUAACAUCAAAAUAAUGCAUAGUUUAAAAAACUAGAAAAAUGUUAGUCGGACUCUGCCUGAUGUAAACUGUAUUAGCUCUAAAGUCUAAGGACUACUUCAGAAAAAAACGGUCACCUUGCGUAUUUUGACAUCGGGGGAAAGUGUACAAUAAGAAAAGAAACAGAGUACACGUAUACAUGAAGUAAAAACGUAGCAUCGUAAAUAUCUUACAGUCAUAUGGACAAAAUUGAUGCAUGUUCUUAUUUAAAAUAUUCCCAGACAGGGCUUAGUCCCAGACUAAAAUGCAUGUUUUAGCUUCCUUAAUUUAAAAACACCUGUCACUGACAUCUUAACAUGUAUCAGUGCAAUUGUUUUGUCUUAAGAUGCACAUCAGUAAUGUUAUUUUUUUGUAAGGGAUGUUUGUGAAAACUACUUAAAUGUCCUAAUAUAACCAAGGCCUAGUCCUGAAUUACUCUACACCCUGUUUGGGAAACUGCCCCUUUAAGUUUAAAGUGUCCAGAAACAAAUAUUCAUUUUUAUUUACUAUAGCCACUAGAUCUGGCAAACAUCAACACUUUUAACAUGGACUCACUUGUUUAACACAAUUUAUGUAUAUGCUUAAUCUUUAACAUUUUUAACCACCUAAAAUCCAAAGGGGUCAUUUAUUAAACGGCACCUAUACUGUACGAGAGUUUCAAUUUACACGACAGACCAGAGAAGCUAAUAAGGGCUCAGAGGCCUGUCAAGCGCCCCGUUUCACCCCACCCUCCAUCUUCCCUCUCUCUCAUUGCUGGAAUGAGUGCACUUUCCGAUUGCUCCUCCCCAUGCACUCACACAAACACACACACACACCAAAUGACAUCACCACACAUCUGUUGUCCCAACAGGCAUUCAUCACAUGGGCAACAAAACGACAAGCCUCUCUUUUCUACCCAUCUCCCAACCUUUUUAUCUUGCGUUCAUUCUACAUCUUUCUCUCUCGACCUGUGUCUGCACAGCGCUGUAGUCUAAACUCCUGUCAGUUUCUGAUUCAUCCUAGAUAUACAGUCACAUGCAGUGGAAAAAUAGUAAAAAUCCACCUUUGGUAGUAGGCAUUUAGGGGAGCUUUCUGCAUAUGCGUGUGAUUGCAUACAGACCCCGUUAGCUGGGUUACGGCUGUUGUUAUAUAGUAUACGAUUGUAUACAAUAAUUCAUAGUUUGCAUUCUUUUGUAGUGAACAAUAAAAAUGGCAAUAACGUCAUAUUUCCAUUGCACUUUAAGUCCUGCCGAAUGUCCCUAUAAUCCUUUAAGUGCAACAUUUGAAAGACCUUGCUCAAAUGGUUGUUAAUAAAAAUAUAAUCCCUACAUCAUAGACACUGUCACAUUUAUGGACACUAAAUGGGUUUUAACAGCCCAUGCGAUAUGAUUUUUGAUAUUUGUAUUUCAAAUAAAAGGCAUGCUUUGGGUCUGACCCUAACAGUCCUGAUUCAGCUUUAAUCGACAGUGGAUAAGUUUAUACUUGAGAGGGCGGGAAACAAGAUGGCGGGUGCAGUGAGGUACAGAUCCCAUUUGGGGCAGCAGCAGAGUUCUUAAUCUUCUGCAAGAUAGGCUGUCAAGUAGAGCCCCCUUGUGGAGGUUUAAACCAACUGCUCUGGUAGGCGUAAAGGUUACGCGUAUGGGAAGGUUAGGCAUGUGCUAAACCUGACAUGGGGAGGUUAUUUUGAUGGAGGGACAGAUAGGGUGGAUAUCCUUACACCAGUGAGGGGUGAAAGCCUGGUCAGAACAUUGGGGGAUCACUUUUGUGGAGCUCUGUCUCCCUCUAUUGGAAAGAUUGAAUAUUGCACUUUUUAAAAGCAAACGUAAGAUUUUAUUCAUUUUUCACUUUUCAUUUAUUUCUACAAGCACAAAAACCUAUGUUGCAGCAAUGUUAUUAAUAAAUGUGCAACUCAUUAUGUUUCUGCACAUCAAUUUCAAAGAUGUGCACAGUCUAUAAUAUAAUAUAGCAUUUGGACAGUUUUAGAAUUAUUAGCAUGUGGUAGAAUGUCAUGUGGGUCUUUUUAUAUAUUAAAUUACACUGUCACUGCUUGCAUGUCUCCAGCUGUUUCUGUGUCUGUUUGUGGGUAGCUGUACCAGCAUCUGUUUUAUGUUUCGAGUGGGAGGGAAAGAAAAAGAAUCAAUUCUGGAAGAACUUAUAGGAAAUAUGUGAUUUACACAGACAUUUAUAAGCAAUACAAUAAUGAAAGUAUGCAGUUUAAUUUCUCUGUAUUUGAUCGCAUCUAUUUGCAAAAAGUUAAAAAAUAUACAGACAGUAAUUGAGAGGACAUGUUCCUAAAAAAAUAUCUCCGCUAAAUCCCCAGAGCUGGUGAAAGAAAAUUGCAUCCAUAUGUACACAGCAUCAUAAUCGUGAACAAAUCAAACUAUGAUUUACCAGCUUGUUGAUCGUGCACGCAGUUGGACUCGUACUGUAGAUGUCACAGGGUGCAUACUCAGAAAGUAACUGCAGAUGAAGAACUAAAGCCAAUAGCAUUGAUGGAGGGGUGGGGGUUAUUCAUGACCACUUUCCAUUCAGUGUAGCACAGAACAAGAGUACUAAACAAGCUGGCUUAUCUGCUGGAGUUUACAAGCAAAUGGGGCAUAGACAAAAUGCAAUGAGACAAGAAGAUUUUCCCUCAAGAUUCUUAGGAAAAUUGUCAAUUUUUCCCAUCUGCGAUCGCGAAGAUGUAAAGAAUUAGAUUCCAUUUGUGUACCUUCCAAAGAAUAAGAGGCGAGCAUAGCUAAAAAAAAAAAUGCAGUUUUGGCUGGAGAGCUCUGUGGUCAGAAACACUAACAAAGCCAUUUGAUGGGAUUUUCCCCUUUUUUGCAUUUCUCUCCCUCUUUCAGGGGCCUGACCGAAUAUCAUCCAUUAUUAUAUAUUAGUUGUUUUAAAAUAGCAGUAACCUGCACUUGUAUAGUAAUUACUAGUAAUAACAAUAAAUCAUGUAUAACUGGCCACAAAACAAACCCUAACAUUAUAGUAAGUACAUUCUGUAACACUUACACUGUAACAAUGACUCCUUAAAAUAAAGUCCAACCCAGCAUACAGGAAAAAAAACUACAAGAAUCGCAAAACAAGAACGGCGAGCAUGCAUAGGCUAUAAUGCCUGCAGGUCUGACAGCCAUCACAAUGCCAGUAGACAGAUACAUACGAAAGUUAUCAACUUGAAUUUGCAAUAGCCUAUUUUUCCAAGUAAACCCUGUACUCCCCUGCAACAACUAUAUACAAACAGAAUCAGAAAUUGUGAGUAGUAACUGCACUUUGAUCUCUGCACUACUGAGGGACACCGGCUCAUAAACACGUUCAUCCUUUGAAGCUUUAUGAUGUUGUACCAUUACGUCUCCACCUUCUGCCCUGUCCAAGCUGCCGUGCCUUAGGGCAAACAAGCUGCUGUUUGCAUAGAGCAUCUUUACGAGUGACAGUGAAUUUGUUUGCACGUUGGCCCGCUUAGACUGCAGGGAAUUUGUUCAUGCAUCCCAAAACAAUUUAACAUGUCCUCUAUUUGUUUCUUUGGCUGUUUUUAACACAGGGCCGACUGCGGGUACAUCUUUGAAGUGCCAUUACACAUGACAGCAUAGCACACUUCCAAUACUUGCCACUAGAGGGAGCUGUAAUUCAGUAAAGCGUAUAGAUGCGCAUCAACAAUUUUAUUUAUGGAUGUAACUUUUAUUUGCACGAUCUUACAAGAAAAACCGUGCACUGUGAAAAAUGAUAAAUGAUUAAAUGCCACGAGAUGCAUUGCUAUGCGUUUUUAGUUGCAUACGUGAUACUUCUGUAUUUUCCAGAGGAUUUUUUUUUUAGUUUAGUUUGCAAAUUGUAUUGGUGAACCAUGCUUGCCUUUAAAAGUGAUGAGAGAAGUUGCAUGCAUCAUUUACAGAGAGGAAUUGUAGUUUGCCCACAUGCAACACUUUAAAUCCUUGGCUUUUACUUUUUUCUCUACAAUCUAUAAAAGAAAGUUUUUUUACGCACCUGACCAAGACCAAAUACUGUUAUUAUUAAGCGUUUAUAAAACGUUAUAAAAAGUUUCACACAUACAUCCCACAACUACGUCCGUUUCUCACCAACCUCGAUACAUAACGCAAAAAAAGGCGGAGAUGUCACUCAAGCGUGCCCGUAAAGGUGGGCGGACUGCAGUGUCCCCCCUCUGCCAAUGGCAAAGCACAGACACAAGACCCAAAAUCCCUAAAAUCACCCAUCAGUCUGUGAAGCAGCCCGUAUCGCGCAUGCAGGAGAUGACGGAUCGUGUCCCCGCGCCCGCAGCUCACGCACGGUCCGCGGCGCGCCGAGCAGCAGCGUGAACGCCACGAGGAGACUUCAGCGCGCGCUGGGAAUUUACUCGCUCAUUCGCUUUCUCUUCAAUGUCACCAUGCGCAGCAUCUCAUCUUGCGGUGCACUGCUUUCCAUCUACUACCCCCAGAUCUUCCUCAUCCUCACCAGCGGCAGCUACCUGUAGGGCUUUGUCUUCAGUGGUGGCUUUGGGUGCGAACAUCAUCUGCAACAAGAUUCCCGGUCUGGCUCCCCGACAACGUGCCAUCUGUCAAAGCCGCCCAGAUGCCAUCAUCAUCAUCGGGGAGGGCGCUCAGUUGGGCAUCAACGAGUGCCAGUAUCAGUUUCGCUACGGGCGAUGGAACUGCUCUGCCCUUGGAGAGAGGACGGUCUUUGGGCAAGAGCUGAGAGUAGGCAGCAAGGAGGCUGCGUUUACCUACGCCAUCACCGCUGCUGGUGUCGCCCAUGCUGUGACAGCAGCCUGCAGUCAGGGCAACAUGAGCCACUGUGGCUGCGACAGAGAAAAGCAGGGCUAUCAUGACCAGGAAGAAGGCUGGAAAUGGGGCGGCUGUUCAGCGGACGUUAAAUACGGAAUGGAGUUCUCCAGGCGCUUUGUGGAUGCCCGAGAGAUUAAAAAAAAUGCAAGAAGAUUGAUGAACCUGCACAACAAUGAGGCUGGUAGAAAGGUUCUAGAAGAAAGCAUGAAGCUGGAAUGUAAAUGCCACGGUGUUUCCGGCUCAUGCACCACAAAGACCUGCUGGACAACUCUGCCGAAAUUUCGGGAGAUCGGCUACGUGCUGAAGGAGCGCUACGCCGCCGCUGUGGAGGUGGAGGCCGUGCGAGCCACGCGUUUUCGACAGCCCUCUUUCCUGCGGCUAAAGCAGUCUCGCGGAUACAUAAAGCCCACGGACACGGACUUGGUGUAUUUGGAGCGCUCGCCCAACUACUGCGAAGAGGACGCUGCGACGGGAAGCCCAGGAACUCGGGGACGCCUCUGUAACCAUACGUCCCCUCACGCGGAUGGCUGCAACCUGAUGUGCUGCGGCCGUGGCCACGACACCCACCAGUACACGCGGGUGUGGCAAUGCAACUGCAAAUUCCAGUGGUGCUGCUUCGUCAAAUGCAACACCUGCAGCGAAAACACAGAGGUUUUCACCUGUAAAUGAGCAAGACAAGGACGAGUCGUCGAUGGAAAUGGCAAGAAAAUGGAAGUGUUGAUCUACAGGGUCGCAUUUCUACACGGCUUCACUUUGCACAUCAGGCAGUCUCUAUGCGUGCAGAAGAUGCCGGAACUUCAGAGGAAAAUGCACUGACCGCAGUCUGGGUUGUAUUAUAUGAUUUCAUGCAUAUAUGCGGACGCUACAAAUGCAGCGCACGGACUUUAUAGUUCUCAGAUUCUCGAAUACUUAAGGAAGGCCGCUAUUGAGGGUACUGACUAAAAAUUUAUGAGCCCCUAUGGGAGUUCAAGAGGAAAGACGUGCUUUAACUCUGGAAAUGCUGGAAAGCUUAUAAAUGUUCAGUCACACUGUAUUUGUUUGAACACUGAAAAGAACAAACUUUUCCUUCUCUAUGGAGAAAAAUGCUAACAACUGUACUGUAAAAGUCCUCUGUAUGGUACACAGAGGUGUGACGGUCUCUCUUUACGACGUAUAAUGCCAUUGCUACUGAUAAUGUUACUUCCAAAAUUUGACUUUAAACGAUACGCUACGGUACAUUGCGUAUGCAAGUGCUUCUUUAUUUUUUACCCAAAACAGAAAAUUUACAGUAAAUCAAGAAAAAACGAAUUUGGUCAAUGCUGCAGCUACUACCAUACUAGUUUUAUGGGGCCAAAAUCUUUGUUUUGCAUGGUAUGGUAUGCUGUGUUGUUUUGUCUUGUAGAUUUGUUGUGUCUAAAUGUGUGUGGGACAGAAAGUGAAAGAACUUUUAAGUACCUCGUAGAAAUCCAAUGUGACCAAUCACCUUUCAAGUGCACAUUGCAUUCCCACGAAUUCCGGAAUCGUGGAACUCCACAUUACUGAUCCGGCAUGCACGAGAUCUCCUCGUCUAGUUAUAUUCCACUUUACCCAACCGUAGAGCAGAGGUCUGAAUCGAUUAGAGCUAUACAUUUUUUAUCUAAAGUGUUUAUAUGGCUGGAAAAUUUGUAAAAGUAUAUUUUUUUAUUUAGAAAAUAUGGCACUUUAUGUCAAGUAUAUUCAAAAAAGAACAGAGUUAUUAUUAUUAUUCAUACAAUUUAUCUCAUCAAUCGCGUCGUCUUUUAAGCAUUUAAUUAUAAAAUUUACGUUGCGUUUAAUGAUUCUUUCCUAAGCAGACCACAAUUCACUCGUCAAGAUUCAAACUCAUCUUUUCGUAGGAUUUGUAUUUGUACUUCCUUGCAAAUCACUACCGAAAUAAAUGAAUCAAACAGUUCGUAACAUUUACAUGCAUCUUAUUACAACAUCGCAUUUAAUAACAACAGCAUAUGCGUUCAAUUAAACAUGUACAGGUGCAUGGAUAUCAAAGGUACGUCAACAAUUGAUCUCUCCUAAAUAUUUUUUUUAUAUAUAUUGAAAUCUCCAGAGCCUACUCCUGCCUAAAUUUGAAUAGGCUUGACCUGGCUCAUUUAUUGGGACACCGUAUAUGCUCUCUGCCCCUCUGGUCUUUUUCCUGUGUGUGAAAAGCAUUGCAGGCAGCCAUCAGAGCAGAAGUAAAUGGGACCUGUUUUGUUAGCCGUCUGAACUGCUGGGUACCGGAACCGUGUAAGCUCCCACACUAUACAACGGAUUGUGAGUAAAGUCAACCUCGAUUGUUUCAUGCAAACAUUUUGUCAUUAAAAAAUAUGAGGCAGAGAAAACAGGGUGUGGCGGGGAAAGCGGAGGCCUCCAAAGAGGGGCAUUAAUGGAAGGGGUGCGGACCACUCAGCUCAUUCCAGGAAGGGAUGGGCCGAUGUGUGAUUCUGCAAGCUAAUACUUCUGGUCUGAUUCACUUGCGACAAACCGAACUAGAUGGGUACGAAAUCGAGAGGUAUGGGAAUGAGAGAAAAAAAAUGAUGACUGGUGUCUGCUCAGCCUUUGAGAGUUUCCUGUGUAGAUUAGGUCGAACAGGAAGCAAAGGCAUCCAAACCACUGUAAUCGCCACUUACCAAGAUGCUUUGCUUAAAGUAUGUUGUUCCAAAACCGUGUGAUGUUAUGAUCAUAUGAUUCAUGCAAUGAAAGAGUAUGGUGACCAAGAACUAACAUUGUCCUGUUACACCAUACAGGCUUUGUGGAUGAGUAAAUGAUGACGGGAUUUGCAUUUCGGGGAUUCGAGGAUAUUUAAAGCGAAGUCUCGUGGGUAUGAGAGGCGAACUUUACAUGCACAGAUCCAGAGGGCGCAUGGUUUGAAUUAGGGAUUAACCUUUACUCCCUGUUGGUCACCAGUCUCUUUAGUGUGUGAAAAGCCAGGAAGACAUGGUUCUGCUUGUUUCAUUGGAUUUGAAUCCCACAUGGGGGGCUGCAAUCAAAGACCCCUAAAUGCAUCACAGAUAUCAGCAUGGUUCCUUCUAAGAUAAGCUCCUCUUGGCGUGGACCAACACAAAAGCUCACACCAGCCCCUUGUGCUCCCAACCAAUGAUUGGAUAAUUAAAAUGACCCCGGUGUUGUUCUGUGAGUGUUUUUAAGCCAUCUCCGUAGCAUAUAUAACACAGCAAAGAGGAGCGCGGGGAUGGGGAACUAUGGGUCUUUCUUUAAAGGCCUGAGUAGAAGACUGCCAUCCCUUUCCUCCACUCUGAAGCCCAUCUCUCUGAGUAUUGUGUCAUCUGCCACACCUUGGCUUCGAAGGCCUUGAAUCAGCUUCUGAUUCUCUGGGUUAUUUUCCAGAAUGUUCCGGAUGGCAAACACGGCCCAUUGGCUUAUGACUGGAGUGAAUGUUGAGGAAAAGUCAAAUGUGACAUUCAAAGUGGGGCUGUCAACUCAAAACAUUGUUUCUCGACUUUUAAUUAGGGCUGUCAAACAAUUUAUCGCGAUUAAUCGCACAGAAAAUAAACGUUUGUGUUUGCAUAAUA